CGCGCGCAUUAGAUCCGCCGGUGUUGAUGAAGUAAGGAAGUGAGUAAUUCGGCAGACGGCAAACAUGUCGGCUGCGCCGAAUCAACAAAGAGCUUUUGCUCAAAAGCUGAAUAAACAAGGAGCUGCCGAGGUCAGGAAGGCGGUUUCUUCUACAAUCUACUCGACUUCGGAUCUCACGAGAUGUGCCAGUGGUCUCAAUCUCACUGUGCCCCUCACUGAUGUAGUAGAUCCCCCAGACUAUGAGGAGUUUGUUCUCCAGAAUUCUUGUACCGUAGAGCGUGACCCCUUCAGGGAUCUUAUUUUGUAUCCUGAGGAUGAUGUUGAUGUUCACAGCGUUCCUAGGAAAUGUCGGACUGUCAAUCCCAUUGUACCAGAACUCGGUCCUGACGCUGAUGAGUUUGUGUUUGACCUGGCUCGGCGAUAUACUGCGGACUACACGGUUAUCACGCGUCGCUAUCACCGGUACAGCUCUAGCGUGUGUAGUAAGGAGAAGCUGACGGGACAGGAAGCCACCGUCCCACAGGAGUAUGAGGUCGACAUGGAGGAAGGACAAGAGGACAAUUCAGAGGAUGGUGUGAACAAGCGACAGUCCAUCCAUAUGAAUUCUGUCCCACGGGGCAGUUGGGCCAGCAGUAUCUUUGACCUGAAAUCCUCCCAGGGAGAUCAGCUCCUCCCACACUUGUUUGACCAGGUGUCCUACGAACAGAUCGAUGCAGACAACAAGAAAUGUCGCCAGGAGAAUCGUGAGGACACACUGUUUAGCUUGUUUCCUGGAGAAGAUGAGGAGGAUCUGAUAGAAAGAAGACCACCACCGCCCUUCCCACAGGAACACUUUGGUCAUAGAAUCAUUGUUAAGUGUCUGCAACUCAAAAUGGAAUUGGAAUUCGAACCAUUGUUUGCUACAAUGGCUUUGUAUGAUGCCAGAGAAAAGAAAAAGAUAUCUGAGAACUUUUACUUUGACGUGAAUCAAGAUGAACAGAAGAAGAUGAUAAUGAUGCACAUCCACCAGGCUGACGUGUCCACCAUGAGUCGAGCGGCAUGUUUCAGUAUCACAUAUCCCUCUCCUGACGUCUUCCUUGUUAUCAGGUUGGAGAAAGUGUUACAGCAGGGAGAUAUAAGUGAAUGUGCAGAACCUUACAUGAAAGAGGACAAGGCAAAAGAGGACCGUUUGAGGUCAAAUGCUGCACAGUUUUGUGAUCGGCUUGGAAAGUACAGAAUGCCAUUUGCUUGGACUGCUAUCUAUUUAAUGAACAUUGUUACUGGGGCAACAGGAGGUCAGGACUCAGAGAAAACUUGUGAACAAGAACCUUCUAGAUCUGCCAGUCUAGACAGGAGAUCUGUCUCAGGGGUCCCGGGUCAGUUUGACAGUUUCCGCAGAAGAAAUAAAGAUGAGUUUUCCUCCACUAGACGAGGAUCAAUGGAGCGGGGUCGAAGUGAACGGAGAGGACUGUACUCAGGAGAUGAUUAUGGUCCGAGUCUGGAUAAUUUUAGACCCGUCACUCUGACCGUGUCCAGCUUCUUUAAACAGGAAGGAGAUAAACUGAGUGAUGAAGACCUGUAUAAAUUUCUGGCUGAUUUAAAACGACCUUCAAGUGUUCUCAAAAGAGUCAAGUGCAUCCCUGGUACCUUAAAGCUUGAUAUAUCUCCCUGCCCUGAAGAACCCCGCUACAUGUUGACCCCAGAACUCUACAAAGUGGAGCCUUACCCAGACGACAAAACUCGACCCACAAGAGAGAUCCUUGAGUUUCCUUCUCGUGAAAUUUACAACCCUAACACAUCAUACAGGAAUCUGUUGUACAUCUAUCCAAGAAGUUUGAACUUCAGUAACAGACAAGGAUCUGCCAGGAAUCUGGCUGUCAAAGUCCAGUUCAUGUCAGGGGAGGAGGAGGGAUGUGCUCUCAAGGCCAUAUUUGGGAAAUCAAACUGUCCAGAGUUGUCCAAAGAAGCGUACACUUCGGUGACCUACCACAAUAAAUCACCAGACUUCUACGAGGAGAUAAAGAUCAAACUCCCGGCUAAACUGACUGAUGCCCACCAUCUUCUCUUUACCUUCUACCACAUCAGCUGUCAGACCAAGAAAAACGAGUCUGGUCCUGUCGAAGUUCCCGUGGGAUACACGUGGCUCCCCCUUUGUCGGGAAGGGAAGCUAAUGAUUGAUGACUUCUCAAUUCCUGUAUCCGUGGACAAACUUCCUCCCAGCUACUCCAUCCUGUUCCCUGAUACAAGCCUGCCUAACAUGAAAUGGGUGGAUCACAAAGGGGUGUUUAAUGUCAGUCUGAGGUCGGUGUCAUCUGUCCACACCCAGGAUGACAAGCUCGAGAAGUUCCUGUAUAAUUGCCGUAUGACCUUGGAACAGAAACUCCCUGUCAGGAAAACAGAGGCUCAGUUUGAGAAUGAUCUGAGACAAAGCAUACAAGAGGUUCCCAAGGCCCGGGGGGAGAAUCUCAUCCAAUUCCUCCCCCUCAUACUGGACAGGCUGCUGUACCUCAUGGUCAGACCCCCUAUACUAGGGGGACAGCAAGCUAACAUUGGACAGCCAGCUUUUGAGGGGGUUAUUUUGGUCGUGAAGAGAGUUCACGAGUUACUCUCUGAGAAAAAUGACCGUAAUGGCCGCAAUUUGACCCUGGCUACCUAUGUCCACUACUCUUGUAGUCUGCCUCACCCUGGACCACUACAUCACUGUUCCACAGAACCAUCCCUGGUAUCUGGAUACAACACACUCGGUCGUCCGUCUUCACUUCCUGUCUCAAAUAAAUCCUUCCAGAGAAGCACUAGUAACCCUGACCUAAACGCACUCACUCCCACUUCACCAGACAAUGAGAUAUCAGCCAUUCUGGGAGGCACCAAGUUCUUAGACAGGACAGGAAGCAUGAGAGCAGAUGAAUUCAACCAACCUCAGAUGAUGAAAAACAGGGGCAAGAAGCUUGUCCAUGAAGAGCUUGUUCUGCAGUGGUUAGUUCUUAGUGGACAGAACAGAGACCAUGCAUUUGCCUAUUCCUGGUUCCUCUUUGAACUCAUUAUAAAAAGUAUGGCUGAACAUCUGAACAAGACACAGAAGCUGGAUGUGCCUCGUCAGAUGAGAUUUAAUGAUAAGCCUUUUGUGGAGGAUAUAGAGGCUUUGAUGAACCUAGUCAACAAAGAGAUCACAGACAAGUACAUAAAGGAGCCACAGAUAAUUCGGAGUCUUAAUACCAGUCUGGCCUUCUUCCUGCAUGACCUUCUGAGCUUCAUGGAUCGAGGUUUUGUCUUCAACCUCAUCGCCAAUUACUGUGGGGCAAUAGCAGAGAAGAUCCAGACUUUAUCUGAUUCCACCACUCUAAUGUUACUCAGGCUUGACUUCCUACGAAUUGUAUGCAGCCAUGAGCAUUACUUUCCUCUAAAUCUCCCAUUUGGGACUCCCCUGACUCCCACCUCUGGUAAAGCGGCCAGCCCUACCCCGAGUAUCCAGAGCACAAAUUCAAUGUCGUCAUACACGUCUACAUCGACACUGACGGAUCGCGGCCAGUUCUACGAGCUCACGCUACAGUUCAGACAGCAACACUUCCUUGUGGGUCUUAUUCUCUCAGAUCUCAAGGUCGCACUCGAUACACAUAAUCCAAUAAUACACCAAAGAGCCAUCAAUGUAGUUCGUAAUUUACUGUACAACCAUGACUUGGACCUUCGUUACAUGGACUCAGAAAUGAAGGCUCGGUUAGCGGCCCUGUACAUGCCGAUCAUUGGGAUUGUGAUCGAGGCCCUCCCUCAGCUGAGUGACCCCGGCCUUGACCUUCGGAGACACACAUGUCCGGAGGAAGAGGAGGCAGAUAAGAUCAGUCACAGUGUUGCCUUGGAGAUAGCUGGAGCAUCUGUUUUUGCUGGAAGAGUUCAGGAAUAUCCUGGUGGUCUUGAUGAGCCAAAGAACAAAAAGAGUCCCCUGACGACUGAGUGCACUCGUAACUUAUUGAUCUGUUUUCUGUGGGUGAUAAAGAAUGCAGAUGAGUCUGUUCUCCGUCAGUGGUGGAAUGAGCUCAAUGUGAAUGUACUCGCCCAGAUUCUGGAUGUCCUAUACUUCUGCAUUUCAAACUUUGAGUACAAGCCAAAGUGGUUAAAGCCAUUCAGAUUAUCGGCACACCUAGCUGAAACCUUGUUUGAUGCCCCUCGCCCUAAGAGCGCUAGUCUGCCUCGAUCAUACGAGUUAUUAUGGGAAGGCUUCCAGAGGAAAUCACAGGACUUGCUUCAGCGCCAGAGAAGCAAAGAGGAUACAACACAGGGUAAGAAGAGCCUGGCCCAGUGUUCUAAACAGACCAUACAGAAGAGUGUGGAUAUGAAAUCUCGUCUGGAGGAAGCCAUACUGGGUAAUCUGAACGCUCGUACAGAGAUGAUGAUGAGACGACGACAAACAUCCUACAGUCAGAUGUCAGGGGAUGGUGGUCAGAUGAACUCCCAGGGAGACAGACUUCUGAGAUGGAGGAAAGAUCAGAUAAAUUACAAACCAUCAAUGGAUCAGAUGGAAAGUGUGAAGCCUCGUGAUGUGGAGGCAGAUGCUCAUAUUGAGGGAAGUCUGGCGGCCGAGAUCAGCAUGGUGGCACUGGAUACACUGGAACUUAUCAUACAGAUAGCUAGAAACAUGGAGUAUGCCCCACUACAGAGUAAUGCUUUACGGAUUUUACUACACAGCUUAAGUCUGAAUCAGUCCACUUCUGUCCUCAAGAACAUGUUUGCCACACAACGGGCACUGGUUACCAGGUUUCUGGACAUGCUGUUUGUUGAGGAGACAGAACAAUGUGCUGAUCUCUGCCUUCGACUCCUCAGACACUGCAGCUCCUUGAUCUCACAGACUCGCUCCCAGGCCAGCGCUUCUCUCUACAUGUUGAUGAGGCAGAACUAUGACCUUGACAAUAACUUUGCUAGAGUGAAGAUGCAGGUGACAAUGUCACUGAGUAAACUGGUUGGACAAAAUCAGAACUUCAGUGAGGAAUCCCUCCGUCGAUCUCUGAAAACAAUUCUGACCUACGCUGAGGAAGAUGCAGAUCUGGCAGAGACACCCUUCACUGAACAGGUUAAGGACCUAGUGUUCAAUCUCCACAUGAUUCUGUCCGACACAGUGAAGAUGAAGGAAUUCCAGGAAGACCCCGAGAUGUUGUUAGAUCUGAUGUACCGCAUUGCCAAAGGUUACCAGAACUCGCCCGACCUCCGACUCACCUGGCUUCAGAACAUGGCCAGCAAGCACAGCGAGAGAAACAACCAUGCAGAGGCUGCCCAUUGUCUGGUUCAUGCUGCUGGUCUGAUUGCAGAGUAUCUUUAUAUGAUAGAAGACAAACCAUAUCUACCUGUCGGGGCAGUUGACUUCCAGAAAAUCACAGUGAACGUUCUGGAGGAGAGUGCUGUGUCGGAUGAUGUUGUGUCCCCUGAGGAGGGAGUGUGCACAGGGAAAUACUUCACAGAGAGUGGACUAGUAGGGAUUCUAGAAGCUGCAGCUAUGGAGUUUAACAUGGCUGGGAUGUAUGAACAUGUCAAUGAAGUCUACAAAAUCCUGAUUCCAAUCCACGAGUCAGCCAGAGACUAUAAAAAGCUGAGUGCUAUACACAACAAGCUCCAUGAUGCCUUCAACAACAUCACACGACAGGAGGGGAAAAGGAUGUUUGGGACAUACUUUAGGGUCGGAUUUUAUGGUCACAAAUUUGGAGAUUUGGAUGGAGAUGAAUUUGUUUACAAAGAGCCACCAAUCACCAAACUGCCAGAGGUUGCUCACAGGCUGGAGAACUUCUACAGUGAUAGAUUUGGAGAAGGUGUGGUCCACAUAGUCAAAGACUCCAACCCUGUGGACAAAGAAAAUCUGGACCCAACUAAGGCCUACAUUCAGAUAACUUAUGUGGAGCCCUAUUUUGACCUGUAUGAAUACAGAACAAAAGUGACCUACUUUGAAAGAAAUAACAACAUUAAGAGGUUUGUUUUUGCUACACCCUUUACACAAGAUGGCCGUGCUCAUGGAGAAAUUCAUGAACAACACAAGAGGAAAACUAUUCUGACAACCAGCCACAUGUUUCCCUACGUGAAAACGAGGCUUCAGGUCAUCAGUCAUGAUCAGGUCCUAUUGACCCCUAUUGAGGUGGCAAUAGAAGAUAUACAGAAGAAAACUAAGGAGCUAGCCGUUGCCUUAGCUCAGGAACCACCUGACACCAAAAUACUUCAGAUGGUACUACAGGGUUGUAUAGGAACCACUGUCAAUCAGGGUCCAGUAGAGGUGGCUGUGGUUUUUCUGAAGGACAGUCCAGAAAAUAAAGCACAAGAUGUUCGCCACAGAAACAAACUUCGUCUCUCCUUCAAGGAUUUCCUCAAAAAAUGCAGUGAUGCCCUUCAUAAGAAUAAAACCCUGAUUUCGAGUGAUCAGAAGGAAUAUCAGCGUGAGUUAGAACGAAACUACCACAAUGUUCGAGACAAACUACUGCCCUACAUCUCCUCCAACCUGGCCACUCUUAGAUCUAAGCACCAUAGACGAGGGAACAAAGAUUCACCCAGUAAACACAAAUCAUCUGGAUCUUCGAAAACAUAGCAACAUGGACCAUGCGUGAUUUAAACGAAUCAAAAGAAACUUUCUGUCAAAAAUGUUAACCAGAUGCUAAAUGGAAAGGUGCAAGAUUGACUUUUGUAAUGAAAAGCAGACUGCAAGACAAAUAUCUUAAGAUUUACUUGAAGGAAAUCAUGCUUAUUAUUCUAUUAUAUGAGAUCUGAGUCGUGUUUUUUAUGUUAUAGUUGUUAAAUUACUUACUCAAAGAAAUCCAAGUUUAUGCAUGCUUACAUUUAUUUCUGUGUUAAGGAGACUUUACCUGUGUAUUAUCUGUCAGCUGGACUUGCUUUUUACAUGGAAACCUUCAAAGUUGUAAGAUAUUAUGUGUACAUUUUAUAAAAGUCUUCUGUAUAUAAUCAAGAUAUCUGAGUUUUAGGAAAAGUUGUAUUUCAGAAAAAUCCUGGGGAAACAUUUAAAUGGUUAUGCUCUCAUACUGUGAUUGUAUCUUGAUAUUUUUUUUUUAACUUACAAUUUGGACUCUGUAAAGAACUUGGGUAAGUUUAACCAUCAUGCCUCCCCUAUUUAUAGUGCAAUAUUGUUAAAGAUUUCUAAACUUUGUUUGAUUGAUGCUUUUGUAUUAAAAAAACAUUCACCAUUAAAUUAUUGUGAUGAAAAAUUGAA